AUGCCAUUCGAGGAGUCAGCAUUUAAACUUUGGGACCUCCUUAAGCACAAAGCUGAGCGAGAAGCAGCCCCUCUCCUGGAUGACACCAUGAGUGUGCACCAGGAGCCACACGUGGUGCUGGAAGUUGGGGACUCAGGGCUCCAGAAGACAGCACAGCUGAUGAAGCCCCGGGUGUCACUGCAGGACUCCACCCUACGCAAGGGCGAUUUCUCCCUGCGGAUCGUCCCCGUCCGCAGCAAGGACGCUGGGCUCUACGAGGCACAGGUGAAAUACAAGACAGAGGUGCACAGCUGCCACGUGGAGCUGGGGGUGAUCACAGUGACCCUCAGUCCACCCAGUCCUGUAAUAGAAAGUGAGCUGCUCCUGAUGAGCUGCAACUCCAGCCACCGGGCCAGCCUUGUGGAAACAUGCUGGUUCCACAAGGAGCACCCGGGCCCCACCUCCAGGACCUUCUGCUCCUUGUCCGGGACUCUCUCCAUCCUCCAUCCAGCCAUGAGUGAUGCGGGCUCCUGGCGCUGCCAGCUUCGGUACUCUGAUAAGGAGAUCAUUUCUGCCACAUUCAACCUGCAAAUUCUAGGUUUUGAUGGCCCAACCAACCCUGUGGUCUAUGCAGCAGCUGGCUCUGCAGCCGAUCUACCGUGCAGUCUGAGCUACCUGCCCAGAGCCUUUGGGAUGAGUGUGGUGGCAGCCCAGUGGAGCCACCUCGCAGGAGGACAUUUGGAAGACAGGGGCAUUUCCCAGAACCUGAGCAGCAGAAGCUUCCCCCUGCAUCUCCCCACGGUGGGGCCGGGUGAGGCAGGGCAGUACCGCUGUGCUGUCUCUGUGGGUCACAGGACAAUCAGCAGGAACGUGACCUUGGCCGUGCUUACAGUGACUCCGAGCAUCCAAGGCCCAGUGUCAGAGGGGAAUCGUUUCCUGCUCAUCUGCAGCCUCACGCACUCCCAGGGACACGAGCAUUUCCAGUGGACACACCUUGGCUCAGCCCCCACUAAGAGCAAGCUGGCUGUGGCUACUCCCCAGAGCUUGGAGGGCCACGGUUCCCGGAUGGGACCUGCCUUGGAAAUACCCCAAGUGUCACAAAAGGACACGGGCACCUGGGAAUGCAGUGUGCAUGGCCCAGAAGGCAGACUGGGGGCAGUGGAGUAUGACCUGCAGAUCACAGGUGCCCAGGUGUCCAUCAUUCCCUCUGUCUUAAGUGGGCAGAUUACUUUUGGGCUCACAGUCACCCUCUUCUUCCUGCUUGCUGUUUGUGUUGUGGCUCUGGCCCUACAAAAAAGGGCACGGACUCCUGCCUUCCCAGCACUGGAAGGGAUGUUUGCAGUCAAUGUGCCAUGGAAGCCCAUGGAGGAAAAGCAGAAAGGGAAGACCCAGCAAACGGAGUGCUGA